UUUUCUUUCAAAAUUUAAUCGACUAACAUCAGUUCAAGUAGAAAAAAAUUACAAGAGAAACAAUUUUUUCUCAAAAUGAAGUUUAUAUUUAGCUUUCUUGCAUUGUUAUUUUGCAUAUUCAAAAUUGACGGAGUUUUCGCAAUUGAGAUAUUAGAAAACAAAACUGCGUUUGACAACUUUUUAAAAACAUCUAAACUCGCCGUCGUAGAAUUUAGCGCAACUUACUGUGAAGCAUGUAAGUACCUCGAACCACAACUGGAGAAUUUAGCUAAAAGUCAUGGAAAAAUAAAAUUUGCAAAGAUUGAUGUACCGUCUAAUCAACAGUUAGCAAAUGAACAAGGUGCCAACUCAAUGCCUACUGUUAUUUGCUACACAAAUGGGAAAAAAUGGCACACACAUGUUGGAGCAGACAUUGUUCCACUGCAACAAAAAGUUGAAAUGAUGAAUAAAAUAGCUUAGAUAAAAAGAAACUUAAGAAAGAAGAAAGAAUGUAUUUGUCUUUUAGUAAAAAAAAAUAACUUUCUAA